AUGCUCCAAACCUCCAUCUCUGGAGCAACUGAUAGGCGCCGGUCCUUGAUCGAGAUCUCGGCCCGAUCCGCUCACGCCAUGGUUCAGAACUCCCCAGACCGCUCGCAAGCACCCGCACCCGACCUACUCUACGCGGUACGCGGUCAGUCCACAACGCGGCACGUCCAGGUCCGAUCCUACACGACCGACGCCCAGCACGCUCCGCCCGCUCGCCCCGCUUGCCGACGAAGUCCAUCAUACCGUCGCAGCACCCGAUCCUGGUCGACCUCCGCCCGCGCUGGUCGAGGUCCCGGUCCCGAUCUCCGAAACGUUCGACUCUCGGCACCGUUCCCGGCACGGACCGUCACUCGGCACCAGUCCCUACGGGUUUGUCUGCUCCCCGCCUUGGCCCUUCCAGAUCACCCUUCAGCUCCUCCGCCGACCAGACAGCGUGCUCUAUGGGGAGUGGCCAAUCGAACGACUCAGCCCAGCAGUGGUCUUUCUGGACGCCUGGGCGACCAUCAAGCCCAAGGCGAUCUUUCCCGCCGGCCGAGAUCUGCUUGUGCAUGCUCGAAGUGCCAGGGCCACAUCACGUUCCUCCUCCCGGCACCGAUCGUUGCCGAUCACCAGGAGAGGCAGCUGGCUCUGAACCGAGCCAGCAUCUUGGACUCAACAACCUGCAGAGGGAGCCCCGGCAGCUGUGGUCAUGGUGGAAUUGUGAAUAUCAGCCAGACCUAUAUUGUACAGCUGAACUGGAGAGGAUUUUCCUUCAAAUAUGGUUCCUGGGAUAGGGAUUACUCUCUUUGGACUCCGCAGAAGGACCUAUACUGGAUUGCACCUUUAAACACAGAUGGGAGACUCUUAGAAUAUUACAGACUUCAUAAUUCCUAUGAUGAUUUGCUGCUAUUAAAAAAUGCUAGACAGUUACAAAUUCAAUAUGGGGAAGGCAGUGGCACCACAGUUUACAAUAACUUCAUGUAUUACAAUGUAUAUAAUUUAAGAGAGAUGGGCAAGCUUGAUUUAAACACAAACACAUUGGCUGUGAGGAAAACUCUGCCGAAUGCUGCUUAUGGUAACCGUUUCUCUUAUGCUGGUGUUGGGUGGCAGGAUAUGGACUUUGCUGUGGAUGAAAGUGGAUUGUGGGUAAUUUAUUCAACUGAGGACAGCACAGGGAACAUUAUGAUUAGCAAACUCAAUGAGACCACACUUGAUGUGCUCCAUACUUGGAAUACAAGGCAGUACAAGCCAUCCAUUUCCAACGCUUUUAUCAUAUGUGGUGUUCUAUAUGCCACGAGACCUGUCAACACCAGGAAAGAGGAAAUAUUUUACACAUACGACACAAACACUGAACAGGAAGGUAAAAUUAGCGUAAUUAUGGAUAAAAUGUUAGAAACAAUUCAAAGUAUCAACUAUAACCCCUCAGACCAAGUCUUGUAUGUUUACAAUGAUGGCUACCUUGUUAAAUACAAUCUUAUUUUUCAACCUGUGUUGCAUUGA